UCCGCGCGUUCAUUGAUGCACCCAUUCCAGUGGUGUAACGGGUGUUUCUGCGGCCUGGGACUGGUUAGUACUAACAAGUCCUGCUCAAUGCCACCCAUCAGUUUCCAAGACCUUCCUCUGAACAUCUACAUGGUCAUCUUUGGUACAGGCAUCUUUGUCUUCAUGCUCAGCCUCAUCUUCUGCUGUUACUUCAUCAGCAAACUGCGGAACCAGGCGCAGAGUGAACGAUACGGAUAUAAGGAGGUGGUGCUUAAAGGGGAUGCCAAGAAGUCACAAUUAUAUGGGACCUGUGCAGUCUGUCUGGAAGACUUCAAGGGGAAGGAUGAGCUAGGUGUGCUCCCGUGCCAGCAUGCCUUUCAUCGGAAGUGUCUGGUGAAGUGGCUAGAAGUACGCUGCGUCUGCCCCAUGUGUAACAAGCCCAUCGCUGGCCCCUCCGAGGCCACUCAGAGCAUCGGAAUCCUAUUGGAUGAGCUGGUGUGAGGGCUGCCUUUACAUCAAGGCCUGGAGAAGACGUCUUGCCUCAUGGGUGCCUGGUCCCUCUGCACAGCUGCAAUGAACAAGACUGUUGGGUGAUAAUGGUCAUGCCUACCUGAAGGGAGGUAGUACAGGGCUGGUCUCCCACCAUCAGUGAGAGGCCAGACUUGCCCCUUCUUCCUGCCUCCUGAAGUCUUCUUCCCUGCUACUUAGUACUGAAAGCAUCGCCCAUCAUGACCAACGUAUCCUGGUACUGGAUGAUUUCCCUGCCUGACCCUGCUCUGGGGGAAGAAUCACCCUUGAAGCACACAGUAGAGAUAGAGACCAUAUGACCACAAAGGGAUGAGAUGGGCUCUGUCCUCCCCUGUCCCCCACUCCUUCCAUCAGAAGGUUAGAAGGGAAGGAAGAAAAGAUCAAGGAACCAAGUGCCUCCAGUGGAAGUGAGGGAGGCUCUGUAGGAAAUUAGGAAGAGCAGGGACAUAACAAAGCAAAGUCAAUGUUUACAUGGGACCUAUGGGAACAAAGGCUGGCUGGCCAGCCUGGCUACAGGGUAAGGGAGGGCCAUCCCUCCCCCUGCUAGGGUCUGCGGUGCUAUCCAUUCGCUCUCUUCCUCCGUCAAUCUCGGAGCUUCCUAGUCCACGUUGGAGUCUGAGUGCCCCUCCAGAGGAAGGGCUUGUUCUACACUCACACGGAUUUCCAGGGGCUUUUUCUAAAGGAGCAAAGGGGACCUGAGGUAGGGGGUGUCUGAAGGUGAAGGUAGCAACAGACACCUUCUUCCCCUUGUAAAUAGUAUUUUUAUACUUCAUCCUCACCAUCUCAGGAUUUAUAUAUGGAAUGGAGGGGGUGGGGGGUUCCGUUCCUCCCCAGAGUGGGUGAGGGUGGGAGAAGGUAUGUAUUUAAAGAAAAUUAAAUUUAAUAACAAGUUUCUCUAACCUUUUGGCUGUGGUUGUGGCCUGUGUCUGUUGGCUUUUUUCCACCAAUAAGGAACAAAGUUCUGUAACUGCUGCUUCUCACUUCCCCACAUUCAAAUCAAACACACACACACACACAGUUUCCUAACCCUUAAAAAGAAAAAUUGGCCAUAGAUUACUGCCUGUACAGCACAGGUUGGGACUAAUGUCAAUGUACUUUAUGACCUGAAUAAGCCAGGCUCAUUGGAUUUCUAGAAUAUUUUUAAAGAAAGUUGGUGUAUGCCACCAUACCGUUCUGCCAACUAAGACGCAGUAGAAUUCUACUUGUAUUUAAAGCUGUUGUGCUCUUAACGCAACCAAAGAGGUCUAGGUUGCUACCACGGAGGCUUGAUCUCUUUUCCCUUAUACUUUUUUCUUACCGUUAGCUGACAAUCACUGACCUACCUUACCCUAUGCCACAUCUGGAAAUAGGACUUGACAUUCGAUGCCCCUGUGCGCACUCAGAUCUUGGACCCCAUAUCAUGCCACUUUGCUCUCUGUGUCCCAAGGGGGUGAUGUGUCAAUAAUGGAUAUGCAAGAUGGAUUGAGAGUGGCAGGAACAACUGGGCUGUGGUCACCCUGCUUGGUGAAAGAGAUUAGUGCCAAUGGUCAUCCCAGGGGGCAAGCCCUGGGUACUGUGUACAGGAGAAGCGUUUGGAGUGGUGGGUCACGGGCAUGCAAGAGAUGCCCAUGUGCCCAGAGGGGCCAGGCCCAGGAGUAGGUGACACCCUCACCCCUGUAAUUGUACCAUGGAGGCUCUUGGCACAGUCGGUGCUCAGGCUGGACAGAUCUGAGGUGCAGCUGGGGCAUCUCAGGGGGGGACCUUUGCCUGAGGAUGUGCCUGUUUUUCCCAUUUCACACCUCCAGGGGUAAUUCUAUCUUCCUUAAUGCCUCUAUACGCCCUGCCUGCUGCUGCCAACCCUAUGAGGCCUGGUCUUUCCUUCAUCGGGGCACCACUUCUCCCUCUAGUCCUGCCAGCUUGCUUUAAUGUAGGAAUAAAAUGCAUUUCCUACGCAAAGCAAAGCAAAGCCCUUCCUCUAGCUCCUG